AUGUGGGUUCUUUCUCUGUGUGUUGCGACAGUGGCUUUAUUGUAUUAUGUUCGCUGGGUCUACAAGUGGAGGAACCCCAAAUACAAUGGAGUUUUGCCUCCAGGUUCGAUGGGUUUGCCUCUCAUUGGGGAGACUCUUGAGCUCUUGAUUCCCAGUUACUCUCUUGAUCUUCAUCCUUUCAUCAGAAAAAGAGCUCAGAGGUAUGGGCCAAUAUUCCGAACACAUUUAGCAGGUCGGCCUCUCAUUGUUUCAGUAGACCCUGACUUUAAUAACCACAUCCUUCAGCAAGAAGGAAGGCUAGUUGAAAUGUGGUACUUUGACAUCUUUGCUAAGCUAUUUGCAAUGGAGGGUGAAUCACGGAUGACCAGAGUUGGUCUUGUUCACAAGUACAUAAGAAGGAUCUUUCUGAAUCACUUUGGCUCCGACAUCCUUAGAGAAAAGCUGCUUCAGCAAAUAGAGGAAAUGGUUGAGAGAUGCUUAAGAAAGUGGUCGAGCCAACCGUGCAUUGAAGUGAAACAAGCUGCUUCUGCUAUGAUGUUCGAUUUCGUGGGGAAGCAACUUUUCAGUUAUGAUUCUGGCAAGACUUCAGACACUACCCAUGAGAGGUUCACCAGGUUCUCAAGAGGUUUCAUGGCCUUUCCUUUGGAUGUCCCGGGUACUGCAUACCGUAGGUGCCUGAAGAGAAAUGAGAGAAUAGGCUUCAGGGAGUUGAAAAACAUGGACUGUGAAUUGGACCACAGGAAAUUGAUUGAUAUGCUCAAAGAUAUUCUGAGGAAGCGACUCAAUUCAAGGAAAACAAGCAAUGUGGAUUUUCUCAGUCAGGCAAUCGACAGCAUGCACAAUCAGGAGUUCCUGACAGAGGAUUUCAUAGUUCAGAUGAUGUUUGCAGCCAUCUUUGCCAGCGCUGAGUCUAUUUCGUCAAUGCUGGCUAUGAUCAUCAAGUUACUUUCUGAGACCCCAGCCGUCCUAGAUGAAUUAAGAGCCGAGCACGCACGGAUCCUUGAAAGGAGAGAGGGGCAAAGUACUGCACUUUGUUGGGAUGAAUACAAGUCGAUGACUUUCACGAUGCAGGUAGUAAAUGAAACACUCAGGCUGGCAAAUGCUGCUCCAGGGCAACUCCGAAGAGCAGUGCGAGAUAUCCCAGUGAACGGAUUUAUGAUCCCAAAAGGGUGGCCGAUCAUUGUAGUCACGACUGCUCUUCAUACGAAUCAUGAUGUGUUUAAGAACCCUCUUGAAUUUAACCCUUGGCGCUGGAAGGAUCUUGAUUCGGGCACGAUAUCAAAGAACUUUAUGCCUUUUGGUGGAGGAAUGAGACAAUGUGUUGGUGCAGAAUACACUCGAGCUUUCUUAUGUGCAUUUCUUCAUGUGUUGGUCACAAAGUUUAGGUGGGCGGAAAUCAAGAUUGGAGAUGUCUACCGCAAUCCUAUACUAAAUUUUAAAGACGGCGUCAACGUAAAGCUUUCGGAGUUCAUGGAGUCGUAUGGGCCGAUAUUCCGAACCAGUAUAGCGGGUCGGCCUAUUAUUGUUUCGGUAGAUCCUGAAUUUAACAAGCACAUCCUUCAGCAAGAAGGAAGGCUAGUUGAAAUGUGGUACUUUGACACCUAUGCUAAGCUAUUUGCUAUGGAGGGUGAAUCCCGGAUGACAAGAGUUGGUCUCGUUCACAAGUACAUAAGAAGAAUCUUUCUGAAUCACUUUGGCUCCGACAUCCUUAGAGAAAAGCUGCUUCAGCAAAUAGAGGAAAUGGUUGAGAGAUGCUUAAGAAAGUGGUCGAGCCAACCGUGCAUCGAAGUGAAACAAGCUGUUUCUGCUAUGAUGUUCGAUUUCGUGGGGAAGCAACUUUUCAGUUAUGAUUUUGGCAAGACUUCAGAAACUACCAAUGAGAGGUUCACCAGGAUCUCAAGGGGUCUUAUGGCCUUUCCUUUGAAUGUCCCGGGCACUGCAUACCGUAGUUGCCUACAGGAACACAGGAAAAUGAUGGAUAUGCUCAAAGAUAUUCUGAGGGAAAGACUCAAUUCAAGGAAAACAAGCAAUGUGGAUUUUCUCGAUCAGGCAAUUGACAGCAUGCAUGAUCAGGAGUUCCUGACAGAGGAUUUCAUAGCUCGGAUGAUGCUUGGGGGCAUCUUUGCUAGCUCUGAGUCCAUGUCGACAGCGCUGGCUAUGAUCUUCAAGUUUCUUUCUGAGACCCCAGCAGUCCUAGAGGAAUUAAGGGCCGAACACACAUGGAUCCUUGAAAAGAGAGAGGCGCAAAGUACUGCCCUUUGUUGGGAUGAAUACAAGUCGAUGACUUUCACGAUGCAGGUAAUAAAUGAAAUACUCAGGCUGACAAAUGCUACUCCAGGGCUGCUCCGAAGAGCAGUUCGAGAUAUCCCAGUGAACGGAUUUCUGAUCCCAAAAGGGUGGCCGAUCAUGGUAGUUUUGACCGCUCUGCAUAUGAAUCCUGAUGUGUUUGAGAAUCCUCUUGAAUUUAACCCUUGGCGCUGGAAGGAUCUUGAUCCAGGCACAAUAUCAAAGAACUUUAUGCCUUUUGGUGGAGGAAUGAGACAAUGUGUUGGUGCAGAAUACGCUCGAGCCUUCUUAUGUGCAUUUCUUCAUGUGUUGGUCACAAAGUUUAGGUGGGCGGAAAUCAAGAUAGGAGACGUCUACCGCAAUCCUGCACUAGGUUUUAAAGACGGCGUUAACAUAAAGCUUUCGGAGUCAUGGAACAAGAAGUCGCUUUAGGUUGUACUUGUUGGGGAAAUUUGAUUGCUGAUGAAAAUAAAGUACCGGUUAGAUUUUUUAUGCGGAAGAGGGUCAUUGUUCUUAAGGUAUUAUUUAUCCCACUAUUGAUGUUGCCGGGUUAGAACAAAUUCACAUCUUGAACAUACACCAAAGUAGCUGAGAAACUAGUUCGACAAUUGCCCAUUUUAUCUCCUGGAGUUUCCCCUUGAAUGUGUUAUGAAAUUUGCGUAUAAAAAGGG